AAAACAUGUGAGAUCUCUUUAUUUCACAGUAACGCAAUAGUUCUUUUUUUUUUCAAAAAUUCCAAAUUCUAAAUGGUCCAAUACUUUCAGUUAAUGUUACGUUCUCUAAUCUGGUUACUUUUGACGAGAAAAAUAAUUGAGGCGAAUGAAGGGAAAAUAAUAGGAGGCCGAUUGGCCCAGCCGGGAGAAUUUCCUUAUCAGCUUUGCAUGUACGGCAAGUACAGAUGCGGAGGCGCACUGAUAACAUUGAACAGAUUUAUCACCGCCGCGCAUUGUUUUAUUUAUAAAGGGACGAAACUUGACAUAUCCAAGCAAUACAUGGUAGCCGGGGUGGUGGACUGUAACAAAGCAGACGAUCCGUAUUUUCAACAGAGAGGUAUAGUAAAUUACGUGGUGCACCCGGAGUACAGGAACAAGAUGGACAAGACUUCCUAUCACGAUUUUGCCGUUGGGAUUUUGGACAAACCGUUUAUCGAGAACGAUAGGGUCAAGCCGGGUAAAAUUCCGACCUCCGACCCGGACGCUUUCCGUCAAAUAUGGAUAGAGAUUGUCAACAGUGGUAAAAAAUGUCUCGCCAUGGGGUACGGAGCACAGCAAGGUGAAAAAGGUAUCUAUUCAAUGCAAUGGGGUUACGACAUCAGAGUGAUAGAGGUACAACCGAAAGACGACAAAUAUUGCAAAGGUACCCUCGUCUACGAAACGGACAAGAAGCUUGACGGCGAAGUUUGUGCAGUGGCGGUGGAUCUUGAAAAGGAGAGCAUGGCUCCUGGUGAUUCUGGCUCGGGUUUCGUCUGCGACGGCUACCUCUUGGGUGUGAACACGGGUGGAUUAUUCAUGGAAGGCCAAAAUCUCCAGCUCUUCACACUCGCUUAUCCGUACCUCAAGUUCUUUACAAUGGAUACGGCCGUCAGCCAAAGCGCAUGCACAGCCCUCGUCAUCUUCUGUGUUCUCACUGUCGCUUCAGUCAAUGCUGUACACCUUUGAACAAUAAACACGUCUACAAUUAAUAAACGGAAAAAUAACAAAGCACAUUUGCCUAGAAGAUGUGAAAAAGAACAGUUUCAAUUUUGUAGUAAUAUAUAUAAAACACUGAAAAACGUUGUUUGAUUUCGUCGUUAAUUUAUUUUUGGCAACAGCUUAGAAUACAA